AUGGCUCCCAAAAGUAGCCAAUCGUCGCAGGGCUUGUCUCAGAGGAGCAAGCAACAGACAAUCUCCAGCUUCUUCACGCCAAAACCCUCACAAACACCAAAAGCGCCCCCGAAGCCUGCUGCACUUGCUGUCCCGAAUGGCGCAGACCAAGACGACGACGACGACGAAGACGAAGAUAUUGCUCCCCCGCGGCAAUUGACCCCUGCUCGUAAGCGCUCGAUUGAUGAGCAGCACGAGGAUGAAGAAGCUGGCCGUUCAUCGCCUCCCAAGCGUGUUCGCGUAGCAAACGACGAACCGCGACCUUCGCUCGGAAACGCAUCUGCAACGACAUUGAACGCCGCGAAGCCCCCCAAGAUCACAGAGAGGACGUCCAAGUUCCUCUUUUCGUCGUCACCUGUCGUACGAGACGAGACCGACGCGAAGGAUGACGCUGCCGCUACACAGAAACUGCGCGAGAAGCUGCACGAGAAGUUCGUGAAGAAACUAGGCCGGCCUGACAGUUUUGCCGAGCUGCGGAGAAGAAAUAAGGUCAUCUCUGAAGACAAUGGCAACGGCGAGGAAGGAGAGGGCGAAGAGGACGAGGAAGAAGAAGAGCCAGCACCCAAACCUACAAAGGGCCGGAAGGGGGCCGCAACGAAGAAGACCUCGAAGCUGACUCCCAUGGAGCUGCAGUACUUGGACAUCAAGCGGAAGCAUAUGGACACAGUCAUUGUCAUGGAAGUCGGGUACAAAUUCAAGUUCUUUGGCGAAGACGCGCGGACGGCCUCCAAAGAGCUGGGGAUCGUCUGCAUACCGGGCAAGUUCAGAUACGACGAACAUCCGUCUGAAGCGCAUUACGACCGAUUCGCCUCCGCAAGCUUCCCCGUGCACCGACUGCAAGUCCACGUGAAGCGUCUAGUAAAGGCGAACCACAAAGUCGGUGUUGUACGCCAGCUCGAAACCGCGGCGCUGAAAGCAGCUGGAAACAACAGGAACACUCCCUUUGUGCGCAAGCUCACGAAUCUCUACACCAAAGGCACAUAUGUCGACGACAUAGAAGGCCUCGAGACCCCAACUGCAGGUGCGCAAGCGACUGGAUACCUGCUCUGCGUCACAGAGACGAAUGCAAAGGGCUGGGGCACAGAUGAGAAGGUACAGGUCGGUCUUGUGGCUGUUCAGCCAGCGACAGGCGACAUCAUCUACGAUGACUUCGAAGACGGCUUCAUGCGCAGCGAGAUCGAGACGCGGCUGCUCCACAUUGCACCAGCUGAGUUCUUGAUUGUUGCUAGCAAGACCAAUGUCUUUGGAGACAGGUCACGCGUGGAGAGGGUCGAGAAGCCAAAGACCAUGGCCGCACAAGCGUACAGUCACAUCUCAAACUUCUACGCCGACAAGAUGAAGUCAAGUCAAGAAGGCGGAUCUGAACAGGGUGCUAUUCUGGACAAGGUACAUCAGCUUUCCGAGCACGUUACGAUAUGUCUGUCAGCUAUGAUCACGUACUUGAGCGACUACGCACUGGAGCAUGUCUUCGACUUGACAAAGUACUUCCAGCCCUUUAGUGCUCGUUCAUACAUGCUUUUGAACGGCAACACCUUGUCAAGUUUGGAGAUCUACCAGAAUCAGACCGACUACACCUCAAAGGGCAGCCUGUUCUGGACCAUGGACAGAACGAAGACCCGCUUCGGGCAGCGACUACUGAGGAAGUGGGUCGGCCGACCAUUGAUCGAUAAAGAGAGACUCGAAGAGCGCAUCGCAGCUGUUGAAGAGCUCAAAGAGGGCGAGCAUACCAUUGCAGUCGAUAAAGUGAAGUUCCUACUCGGGAAGAUCAAGACAGAUUUAGAAAAGGUCUUGAUCAGGAUAUACUACAAGAAAUGCUCCCGACCCGAGUUGCUAGCUGCGCUUCAGAUCCUCCAGGACAUCGCAAGCCAAUACCUGUCGGCCAAGACACCGGAGCAGAGUGGCUUCUCCUCGAUACUACUCAGCGAGGCUGUCUCAAACGUGCCGAAGAUUUAUGAAGAUGUCAAUAGCUUCCUCGAAAAGAUCAACGCGAAGGCUGCGAAAGACGACGACAAGUACGGCUUCUUUCGCGAAGAGUUUGAAGCAGAAGACAUCAACGACCUGAAGCUCAGCAUCGCGUCUGUCGAAGAUGACCUCAACACCCACCGAAAAGAUGCUGCUGCGAAGCUGGGAAAGACCAAAGUCGACUAUGUUACCGUCGCUGGUAUAGAAUACCUCAUCGAAGUCAAGCGCAAGUCCGUUGAAGAGAAGAAGGUACCUGCGUCAUGGCAGCAGAUCUCUGCCACCAAAACCACCCUACGCUUCCACACCCCAGAAGUCAAACGCAUGCUGCAAGAACGCGACCAGUACAAGGAGUCCUUAGCAGCAGCCUGUGACACGGCAUUCAAGCGUCUUCUAGACGAUAUUGCAGCAAAAUACCAAUCCCUCCGUGAUUGCGUUUCCAGCCUCGCAACUCUCGACGCCCUUCUCUCCCUCGCGACGCUCGCCAAUCAGCCCGGCUACGUCAAGCCAACCUUCGUCGAAACAACCGAACUUGACAUCGUUGGCGGCCGCCACCCCAUGGUCGAACAGCUCCUACUCGACGCCUACGUCCCCAACGAUGUCCAUCUCUCCGGAGAUGCAACGCGUGCCUUACUCGUCACCGGCCCAAACAUGGGCGGCAAAUCCAGCUACGUGCGUUCUGCCGCCUUGAUCGCUAUCAUGGGCCAGAUCGGGUCCUAUGUGCCCGCCGAAUCAGCGAAACUGGGCAUGUUGGACGCAGUCUUUACGCGCAUGGGCGCCCUAGACAACAUGCUCAAGGGCGAAUCGACGUUCAUGGUCGAACUGAACGAAACGGCUGACAUCCUACGCUCCGCGACGUCGCGGUCAUUAAUCAUCCUUGAUGAACUAGGUCGCGGCACGAGUACGUUUGACGGCGUGGCUAUCGCUGAAGCAGUCCUUGACUACGUGAUUCGCGACGUCGGCGCAUUGACGCUGUUCAUCACGCAUUACCAGCACCUGGCGCGCUUGCAGGAUCGCUUCAACGGCGAGUUAAAGAACGUGCACAUGUCAUUCGAAGAACGUGAUGGAGGAAAAGAAGUCGUGUUCUUGUAUGAAGUCGCAGAGGGCACGAGUCAUAGGAGUUAUGGAUUGAACGUCGCGAGGUUGGCGAAGGUGCCGGAGAAGGUUAUUGAGACUGCGGAGGUUAAGUCGAGCGAGUUGGAGGAGAGUAUGGGGAUUAGUCGCGUGGCGAAUAUGGCGCGCAUGGUUAAGGGAUUGCUGGAGGAUGGGGGUGAAGAAGGGCUUGAGAGGUUGAUUGAGGGCAUCGAACAGCUGUGA